UAAAUGUUGUGUUGUUGCGGAAUGCAGAGUAGCGGAGGCCCUAAAAUAAUCGACAUUAGUUACCACGCAACAUUAUUCAGACUUCCAAUAGAAACUUCGAAUUUGCUUCCAAAAUUGACAAAUUUCACCCUUCCGAAAUUUCGAAAUUGCUUCUCAGUUCACUCAUCAAUCUUCAGGAUGUUUGAUCAGAAAUCUGUUGCGGUACUAUUUGUGGUGAGCCCUGCUAUAAUAUUAGGGGGUUUUCUGGCCCAAUAUUCGUCGUACCCGUUAGCUGGGGUGAGGGUUCAUAUGGUUGGUUUUAUCUGGAUGCUGCUGGGGACUCUUUGUAAAUUCAUGUUGCUGCACAGUGGUGCUGAUCGUGUUCCCAAGUUUAAGGAACGAAGCCUUUAUGACCUCGGUAUUUCUCUAGUUAAGGCCUUUGGCUCACUUCUUUCUAUGCUCGGUGUCAUCUUACUUGGAAUUAUGGAAACUAGUGCAUAUGUGUGGGUUGGAGUUGUAGGGAGUUUCAUUGCGUUCAUCGGAGGUUUGGCAUAUCUAUUCAAGCAGUUAUGGAUUGAGCAAUUGGAAAGAGAGUGGCUUCUUCAAGCCGAGCAGGAGUCAAAAUAAUUUUUUGGUUGGUUUAAUCUGCCCUCUAGAGUAUCACACAUCUUGAUUUUCAUGUGCCACUUUUGACACUCCUCACCUUACCUUGCUAAAUCAUGUGGUGUAGUUCAGUCAGCCGUCUUCUAGGAUAACUUUGGAUAUAUUGCAGAUAAAUAGCGUAGUUUGUUGCUUUUGUUAUCGUAACUGUAUAGGUGUUAGUAACGUCGUUUUUAGGAAUGGUUGGAGUUAUGCAUCUUUUUAUUGAACUUUUUGUUACGGGUAAAUUGGGUUUGUAACUUUGUAUAAAUGAUGGGUUAUGUGCUAUUGUGCAUUUGUGCUGUGUCUAUAUAGCAAAUUAGAGCUUUUGUUGAA